UCCCCCCCCCCCCCCCCCGUAUUUAUCGGAGCGGGGCGCGGGCGGCGGCUCAGAAGCGGCGGCGGCGGCGGGCGGCAGCGGAGCCCCGGCCAUGAACCCCAACUGCGCCCGCUGCGGGAAGAUCGUGUACCCCACCGAGAAGGUCAACUGCCUCGACAAGUUCUGGCAUAAAGCAUGUUUCCACUGCGAGAUCUGCAAGAUGACCCUAAACAUGAAAAACUACAAGGGCUACGAGAAGAAGCCGUAUUGCAACGCACACUACCCGAAGCAGUCCUUCACCAUGGUGGCAGACACUCCCGAGAACCUGCGCCUGAAGCAGCAGAGCGAGCUGCAGAGCCAGAUUCGCUACAAGGAGGAGUUUGAGAAGAACAAGGGAAAAGGCUUCAGCGUGGUGGCUGACACCCCGGAGCUGCAGAGAAUCAAAAAGACUCAGGAUCAGAUCAGCAACAUAAAGUACCACGAAGAGUUUGAGAGGAGCAGGAUGGGCCCCAGCCCCAGCGAGGGUGCCGAGAUGGAGCGCAGGAACUCCCAGGAAAGCACCAAUUACCGCAGACCCGCAGAGCAGCAGCAGCAGCCGUCUCAUCACGUCCAGCCCAGCAACCCAGUCUACCAGCAGCAGCAGCAGCAGCAGCAGCUGUCGUCUCAAUCCUACGGCUACAAGGAGCCCGCGGCACCGGCCUCCACGCAGCGCAACGCUCCUUCUGGAGGGGGGAAGCGUUUCCGCGCCGUCUACGACUACAACGCUGCCGACGAGGACGAGGUCUCCUUCCAGGACGGCGACACCAUCAUCAACGUGCAGCAGAUCGACGACGGGUGGAUGUACGGCACGGUGGAGCGCACGGGCGACACGGGCAUGCUCCCCGCCAACUACGUGGAGGCCAUCUGAGCCGCGGGAGGGGACGGGGCGUGCAGCCCCCCCCUGCCAGCCCCAGUGUGUGUGUGUGUGUGUGUGUGUGUGCGUCUCCCUCCCUCCCUUCCUCCCUCCCUCCCUCUCCCCCCAGCACCCCUUCUCCAGCGUGCCCUGCCGGAGCCGACAUUUCGGUUUCUUUUGUGUUUCUGCAGCCGCCUCUGGUUCCUCUUGCCAAUUUUAGCUUCGUUCUCGCUCUGUCGGGACUGAGGGACUGUCUGCAGGGGAUGGUGGGGGCUCAGGAGACCAAACGGCCGUCGCUUUCCUUCUCCCUCAGUCUCCCCCCUUCUCUAGCCUUCCGGAGGGGCUGGGGCACCCGUGCCAGCCUGGGGACCCCCCUCCUGGGUGCUCGGGCAGUUCAGGGCUGGGGGAAGCAGCCGGGUCGCUGGGAGCUGGUGCAGAGGGGGGAGCAGACCCUCUGCUGGGACCAAAUCCCCCCACCUCGCACCGGGAUGGAUGAACCAGAAGAACGUUUGCGGUUCAAGUCGGACCCUUCCUGUUUUUCUCUCGCUGCUGCGGGGCUUUUGGGACCCUCCUGAGCCCCCCACCCACCGGGCAGAUGGUCUGGGGAGGUGGCAGGAUCAGCCCCCAUCCCUGUGCCUCUUCUGGGCCAAGCGUGGAAGCUCUUCCCCCUCUGCCACCGUGCUGGGGAGCAUCCCAGUGCCUGUCCCCCCCAGCGGAGAUUUGGCACCCUGAGCCCCCACGCCGCCCCCCACCUCUCACUGGUCCCCAGCGGUGGUGGCUUUUGGGGCCACCGCUGACUUGGGAUCGCAUCACGGACCAAAAUUUCAAAGCACAUCCCCGUCCCCUUCUCCUUUGGGCUGCGGGGGUCCCGGGGCUGAGCAGGGACGGGUAUAACUGGAAGCCUGCGCGCGGGGAGGGAGGAGCGAGGAGCUCCUGCCCCGAGGGACCAAAAUGGCCAAAUUCAGACAUUCCUUGGCUCCUUCUGGGGCCACGUCCAUGGGGACGGCCUCACGGAGUGGGAGAGGACCCCGUGCCUCCUGCUUGCAGUCCCCUUUCUCAAAGCACACCGGGUUGCAGGGUUGGGGUGACCGGAGACGGGGUUUGGGGUGCAGUGGGGCCAGAGCCCCCCAGCAGGAGAGGCGAGCAUCUUGCUCCUGGCUCGUUUCCCAGCCGGCUGCGACGGGAGAAGAGUGGCCGGGGUUCCUGGCACUGCCAUCCAUCCCUUUGGGGACCCCAGAGGCAGCCGGGGUGGGUUCAACGGGAUGGGAAUCCCGGUCGGUGCUAAAACGAGCGAGCCCGAGGGUCGGGGAGAGGGGGCGGAGGAGCCCGCGUCCCUCCCUGCUCACCCUGUUCUUAAUCACGUCCUUGUCUGGGAGCUGGGGGGGGGAAGUGUCAAUGUGAAUAAACCGUUUUUUAAUGGACCAAAUAAUAACACAGGCGAUGACAUUUUGGUAUACGGACCUUUUUUUAAUGCUACCUGGAAACCAUUGUCCUAAGUCUCCCUGCCCCUGCCCUGCCCCUUUCUCCCCCAGCCAUGGGAAACAAACCUCUUACUGCUUGAUUUCUGCCUUUUCUCUCAACUUAUGCACUUUUUUGCCUUUUUUCAUAGCUGAAAAGCACCUAAACCUGUAUUUAAAAUAAAUAAAUAAAUAAAAUGAUUAAAAAAAAAAAAAGAAUUAAAAGCUAAAUUGCUUCUCAUCAUGUGUAAAAUAGACCUCAUCCAUCUUUGCUUCCCCGGUUGCAUCUUGGUGCUGAGCUUAGAACGUGUUUUCUUCCGGAUCCGUUGCUUGAUUGGGGUUUGUCCUUGUGUACUCCUUCCCCUCGGGUUGAGCAUCCAUGAAUAAAACAUGAUUUGGCCUUUUUAAGCGAGCUGUCAAAUGGAACAGACCAAUUGAUUCUCCUUCCUGGUUUACUCGAAAAUAAAAGUAUAAUUUUUACCUGCC